GAAAGGAGAGCGAGAGCUGCCUCAAAUGCUUGAAAUAAUUCCGCUUCCGUUUGGAAAGGGGCAGCUUCAGUCUCCGCCGCCGCCGCCUGCCCGGCCGCCUUCUCCUUCUGUGCGCCCCAGUCCGACCCGGCCAGACCCUCCCGGAGCUCCGCUCUGCGCUCCCCGCCAUGGCAACCUCCCCGCAGAAGUCGCCCUCGGCCCCCAAAUCUCCCACCCCCAAAUCUCCCCCGUCCCGAAAAAAAGAUGACUCCUUCUUGGGGAAACUUGGAGGAACUCUGGCCCGGAGGAAGAAAGCCAAGGAGGUGUCUGACCUUCAAGAAGAAGGGAUGAAUGCUAUCAAUUUACCUCUCAGCCCAAUCCCCUUCGAGCUGGAUCCUGAGGACACCAUGCUAGAGGAGAAUGAAGUCCGGACGAUGGUGGAUCCAAAUUCACGGAAUGACCCCAAACUUCAGGAGCUGAUGAAGGUAUUAAUUGAUUGGAUUAAUGAUGUUCUGGUCGGAGAAAGGAUAAUUGUGAAAGACUUGGCUGAAGAUAUGUAUGAUGGACAAGUUCUGCAGAAGCUUUUUGAGAAACUCGAGAGUGAAAAGUUGAAUGUUGCCGAGGUCACCCAGUCUGAGAUUGCCCAGAAGCAAAAGCUACAGACUGUCCUGGAAAAGAUCAAUGAAACACUUAAAUUGCCCCCAAGGAGCAUCAAGUGGAAUGUUGACUCCGUCCAUGCCAAGAGCCUUGUGGCCAUCCUGCAUCUUUUGGUGGCUUUGUCCCAGUAUUUCCGAGCCCCAAUCCGACUCCCAGACCAUGUUUCCAUCCAAGUUGUGGUGGUUCAGAAACGGGAAGGAAUCCUCCAGUCUCGGCAAAUCCAAGAGGAAAUAACUGGUAACACCGAGGCUCUAUCGGGAAGGCAUGAGCGUGAUGCCUUUGAUACCUUGUUUGACCAUGCCCCGGACAAGCUCAAUGUGGUGAAAAAGACACUCAUCACCUUUGUGAACAAGCACCUGAAUAAGCUGAACCUAGAAGUCACAGAACUGGAAACCCAGUUUGCGGAUGGCGUAUACUUGGUGCUGCUCAUGGGCCUUUUGGAGGGCUACUUUGUGCCUCUGCAUAGCUUCUUCCUGACCCCAGAGAGCUUUGAACAAAAGGUUCUUAAUGUGUCGUUUUCCUUUGAACUGAUGCAAGAUGGAGGGCUGGAAAAACCAAAGCCAAGGCCAGAAGAUAUUGUCAACUGUGACUUGAAGUCUACCCUUCGAGUGCUUUACAAUUUGUUUACCAAAUACAGGAAUGUGGAAUGAAGAAAGAAGGGACCUGAAGGAUCCCAGAAGGGAUGUGCUUCCCACCUCUCCUCACAGUUCACCCAUACCUGCCUCCCUGAGCUGAGGCAGCUGGAUGGGGCAGCGGGAUCUCUAAUUGCAAUGAACUCUUUGUUCUCAUUAUGCUGAAUGCUAGCUGGGAUUACUUACUGUAACUCAGAGAAACUGUGUAAUUAAAAUUUUGGAAGGAAAUGAUUAGGUACUUACUGAAGAUUCCAGAAGGCUAUCUAGCUUUUAAAGUGAGCCCCAGCCUUUACAAUGUUAUAGGACUUAACUGUGACUUUCAUUCCCCUCUUUCUUCCCCCUGCCACCCACCCAAAAACUUAGCCACUGGGACCCUUUAAAGAAGAAAGGUCUUUAAAGACUAAAACAAAAUCUGGGUUGUGAUGGGUAGGGGGCACCUCCCUGUAGGCAACAUUUAUUUGACAUUGUUUUUCUUCUUCUUCUUUUUUUUAAGUGAGGCAAUUGGGGUUAAGUGACUUGCCCAGGGUCACACAGCUAGUAAGUGUUAAGUGUCUGAGGUCGGAUUUGAACUCAGGUACUCCUGACUCCAGGGCCGGUGCUCUAUCCACUGCGCCACCUAGCUGCCCCUACUUGACAUUGUUUUUAACCAAAAUAAGAGGCAGUGUGCUAUACUGUAUAAAGGGCUAGCCUUGGAGUCAGAGUGAACUGAGUUCAAGUCCAGCCUUAUCACACACUAGCUAAGUGACCGGGGACCUAAGGGGUCAUUUUAAUCCCUGAGUGCCCCCAGAUGAGUCUCAAAGUCUCUGAGUUAAUUAUGAGCUGUCAAAUUGCAUGAGUGGAAGGAAUUUCUAUGCUAAGAAUCCCUUACAUUGAAGAAAUCAGAUCCGGGCCAA